CUCGCGUCAAAGUUUCAACACUUGUAAUUGCACCGAACGAAUUAAUUAUCAUCAGAAUUACUUCUGUCGUUAUCAUUGAUUAUAUACAGCAGUCCAAAUUUAUAUUAUUUUUCUAUUGACUUAGAAACCUGCAGGGGAAUGUUUCUUUCACAAUUUAGAGUAAGAUAGUAAGACAAAUGCACCGAGUGAAAUGAAAGCGAGAUAUAGUUUGUCAACUCAUUUGUCUAUUUUCUGAGUGAUCACUGUAGUCUAGAUUAGCAAGUACUAUCAUUGAAAUCUAAUCUGAAAACCCAAGCAUUUGAUGCCGAUGAUAAGUGGUAGUAAAGUCAGUAUCGAAGCAUCACAUGCUCAAGUGGGGUGUGACAUCAGUUUGUCUACAAAAAUGCAUUUUAAAAAUUUGAAUAAAGUAAAGUUUCUCGUAUCAAACGGAUGAAAUUCAUUCAACCAGAGAUAACAAUGCAACGAGCAAUGCACAAGUGCUAUAUUCUGUGCUGCUGUGGCGAUAGCAAUAGCGAUACCAACAGCGGCAACACCGGCAUGGAAAAAAGCGCAGAUGGGCUGUUGAUUCGCACAGAGAGAAACAACGGAGUCGACGACGGCGUUAUGGGGGUGGUGGGGUUUGACGAACGAGUUGCUAUUCUCGACGCGGGUGCUCAGUAUGGGAAGGUGAUCGAUCGCAAAGUUCGGGAGCUCUGUGUUCAUAGCGAAAUAAUGCCGCUUGACACGCCUGCAUUCACCCUUAAGGAAAAAGGAUACAAAGCUAUUAUUAUCUCUGGUGGACCGAGUUCUGUUUAUGCCGAAGAUGCGCCUCGGUACGAUGCGGACAUCUUUCGAAUAGGUAUUCCUGUAUUGGGUAUAUGCUAUGGUAUGCAGAUGAUGAAUAAAGAAUUUGGUGGAACCGUUAUUAGAAAAGAGGGACGAGAAGAUGGUCAAUAUUCCAUUGAAGUCGAUAGCAAGUGCCUUUUGUUCAAGGGGCUGGAAAAGGAACAAAUGGUAUUACUCACGCAUGGAGAUAGCAUAGACCGAGUGGCAGACUGCUUCCGAUCGACUGCUGUAUCGGGAAACGUUGUGGCGAGUAUUGCGAGCGACAAGAUGAACUUGUAUGGCGUGCAGUUCCAUCCCGAGGUAGAUUUAACACCAAAUGGAAAAACUAUGCUGCACAACUUUUUAUUUGGAAUUGCCGGCCUCACAGGGAAUUAUACUCUUCGAGGUCGCGAAGCGGAGUGCAUUCAGUACAUCAGGGAUACUGUCGGCAACAACAAAGUCUUGUUGCUUGUGAGCGGUGGUGUUGAUUCGACGGUGUGUGCGGCGCUACUUCACAAGGCUUUGCGUAAGGAGCAGGUCAUCGCUGUGCACAUAGACAAUGGGUUUAUGCGAAAGGGUGAAACACCAUUCGUAGAGCAAAGUUUAGCUGAGUUGGGACUUAAGUUAAGAGUAAUAAAUGCCGCACAUCAGUUUUUUGAGGGUACAACGACGGUACCAAUGGAUAAUGUCAAUCUAACCAACAGCAGUGCUUCCACUAACAAAGUCUGCUUAGGAGGACCAAGAACCAGACUAACUAAGAUGCUGUGCGCCACUGCACAACCUGAAGAGAAACGUAAAAUAAUUGGCGACGUUUUCGUAAGGGUUGCUAAUGAAGCAAUGAUGGAAAUGGGGCUUAAACCUGAGGAGGUUUUUCUAGGCCAAGGCACUCUCAGGCCCGACCUUAUAGAAAGCGCCAGUAGUCUAGUAAGCGGUAAAGCAGACACGAUAAAAACCCAUCACAACGAUAGUGAAUUAGUAAGAGCCUUGAGGACGCAAGGCCGCGUAGUCGAACCCCUAAAGGACUUUCAUAAAGACGAAGUUAGGCAGUUAGGAUGUGAUUUAGGAUUACCGUCACCGCUUGUUACACGGCAUCCCUUUCCCGGACCAGGAUUAGCAAUACGAAUUCUUUGCACCGACGAACCCUUCAUGGAUAAAGAUUUCUCAGAAACGCAGGUAAUAGUGAAAAUAAUGGCGGAAUACGAGCAAAUGCUACAAAAAAAACAUGCACUGCUUAAUCGUGUUGAAGGAGCAACAGGCGAGGCUGAGCGCCAACACUUGAGACGCGUUUCAAGUCGGCAUCAUGUCGCCGCAACGCUCCUACCUGUUCGUAGCGUUGGCGUUCAGGGAGACCGACGAAGUUAUAGCUACGUAGUUGGAUUAUCAGUAAAAGAGACUGCUGGAGAAGGAGUAAACUGGGAGGACAUGUUAUUUUUGGCAAGACUUAUACCGCGCGUUUGUCACAAUGUGAAUCGUGUUUGCUACAUAUUUGGUGAGUUGGUUCAUCACCCGGUGACAGACAUUACCCCAACGUACCUGACUGCCAACGUCGUCGCUACUUUACGACAGGCCGACCACCUAGCCAAUCAAAUUUUGGCUUCUAACGGAUGUUUACAAGCCAUCAGUCAGAUGCCAGUCGUUCUGAUCCCGGUACAUUUCGAUCGGGAUCUCGCACUUCGAGCACCUUCAUGCCAGCGCUCCAUAGUCUUAAGGCCAUUCUGUUCCAACGAUUUUAUGACUGGCCAUCCAGCAAUUCCUGGCAACGAGUUACCCAUGCAUGUGGUGAAUAAAAUGGUAACAGAAAUAUUAAACGUGCCUGGUAUUUCACGAGUUCUUUAUGAUCUGACGUCUAAACCACCAGCUACAACCGAGUGGGAGUAGCAACGUUGAUUCGACUUGAACUUCUACCCCUUUCUAUUUUUUCACCACCCUUGCGCGUAACAACAAGAAAAGCAACAAAGAAAGAAAAAAGAAAAAAAAAUACUAAGAAAAGAAAGAAAUGAAAAAAAUCCUAUAUUUAAAAAAAAAAUAUAUAUAUUACAAAAACAUAUAUACGAAGUUAACAACUUCCUGCCAAUACAUAGCAAGCAAUUCCCGUUUUUCUUUUUUUUGUCUUUUAAAUUAAUAUACAUGUAUAAAAAUAUCGUUCAUUACAAUAACUUAUGGCUGACAGAAUAACGUUAUCGCGUUACCUUGAAAUUCGUACAGUAUUCUGCAAAAAUAUGCCAGGUAAGUGUUUCUUAUGUAUAUGUUUAUAUCAAAUUUGACUUUCUUUAUUAAGAUGUAUAAGCUACUUUGAUUGAUCUAAUGAUAAUUCACCUAUAUUUGACAUAAUGUUAUGUGUCUUCACCGUUACUGCAAGCAACAUGUUCGCACUCGAUUGAUGGUACCAUUAAACUGCUGUCAUAAGUAGCCAACAUGUGAUGCUGGACAUGUUCGACAGUUUUUCUGUAUGCUCGGUGCCAAACACAAAGUUUGCUUUUGCUGAUGAAUCUAUGUAAACAAAUAGAAGUUUAAUCGUUCUAAUACAUUUUUUUAAAUAACUGGACAAAGUUAGUAAAUAAUAUCAAGGCUUAACAGUUUUAUCGACAGCAAAUUCUUAUAGCAACUAAACGCAUCGAAAUAUUUGUAAUCUAGAUCGGGUGUAUCGGAAAAAUGUUUGAAAUUUCUUUUCAAUUGUUAAUUUUUUAUCCAUUUGUUUUUAUUUACCUGUGCAUGGUCUUCAAUAAAACGUGCAAAUCUUCAAUACGUUUUUCCUUGGGUAGACUGCUGAGAAACGUGGUAAACGCUAAAAAAUCUACCUCGUUUACGGAAUCUGAUUCAGAUAUCCAAUUUUGAAUCUGGAUCUUGACCUGAAAGAUUUUUCUGAAUUAGUAAUCAUCAAUAAGUUGAAUUAAUAUUCGAUGUUUUACAUCAUCAAAUAAUCUGAUUGAUAAAACGUAAAAGAAAUCAUCAAUAAAUGUUGAUCAUUGGAUUAGUCAACUAGAUGAUGUUUUCAUAUAUCUAUUUUUUCCAUUUGUGGAGAUAUUGAUUGAAAUUUUAAGUUCACGAGCUAAGAUGGUGACAAGAAGACUCUAGCAAUGAGUGAAUUGAGUAUUUUAUGAUGAUAACAUAUUUUUCUCAUGUUUUUAAAUUUAUUUAUCGGUUGCUUUACGUUUCCUAGCUAGAUCUAUGACCGUAAUACGGUAAUAUAUAAAGUUUUGUGAUAAAUUUUUUGGAUUUAAUAUUAUAAAUGUGUAGAUCGUCAAAGUACGUUUUCCUUUUAGCUUACUAGUUAAUUUAUAUCAAUAAAACUGAGUAAGAAAUAUUUUCACUCAAGCAGUUUCUCUCUUACACACUUACAGAAAAAGCCAGCUGUGUAUUGACAGUCGCUUUGAUUUUCUUCGAAAACUGUGUUAAUAAUAAAAUAGAUAAUUGUAUGCAUGGAUGCCUUGAUACUUGUAUUGCUAUUAUUACGAAAUUAUAUAUUCAACAUAGAUAUUGAACGAGACUUCGAGAUGAAAGAAAAAAAACUUGAAUAUACUACAAAUAUCUGAUAAUCCAGUGUAAAUAUGUAGAAAUUGAAGGAAAAAAAAAAAUAAUAAUAUUUAUUAUACUGCAACGUAAUCCCAUUGAAUACUGAUAUAGUCAGGCCAAUAUUAGAAAAAACAAUUUUAACUUAUUAAUUAUUAUCUAUCACAUCACAAUUAUUGUACCAAUAUUAUUUUUUUUCUGUCAUAAUGCAUUAAACAUAUUAAAAAUAGAUGAUUAUUACUCUUUGUCUA